GUGCGUGUGUGUGUGGUUAGACCUGCCUGCCUUGGAGUUCACUUCAGACUUCUAUCGCAGCUUGGAACGACACCUCCACACAAAACGAUUCGCCGCAUCAGUCCGCAUCAGGCAGCGUUCAGAGCAACAGUUCACCUGCGUCCGAAGUUCCCGAACACUUUCCAGUCUCAGCACUCCUCGCACAGAACACGACCAUAACCUACCCAAGACAAGUCCCGCUCUCGUUCUCUCUCUCUCUCUCUCGCUCUCUCUCUUUCUCUCUCUCAAGACUUGAGCGAUGGAUUCAUUUUUGACAAUCACGGCUGCCCUUCUACUAGUUGGUUCUUUAUCUUCGACUGCUUCGAGACAAUUCGACACUGAAUGUUACACAGCCAAUGGAGAGGACUACAGAGGCUGUCAGAACCAGACAAGCCUCCUGGAGGGCAAGCCCUGCCUCUUCUGGAACGAAACCUUCCAGCACCCCUACAACACCCUCAAGUACCCCGACGGAGAGGGUGGUCUUGGCAGCCACAACUACUGCAGUUACUCUGCUGUGGCAGCGGUGUUUGUUGUGUUUCUAUCCAUGUCAUGGCGACCGGUCCCUGUCCCGUCCCGGGACUACCAGAUCUGGCAGGGGCCCGUCAACACUGCGUGUCCUCGUCUGUAA